CACACACCUCACUUCUGGGAUCAGCAAUUCAGAUUGGAGAGAGAGAGAGAGGGAAAGAGAGAGAGAGAGAGAUCCCUGGCCCUUCCUCCUGGACUCCAAGCCGGCGGCGGCAGAGAGGAAUUUUGAACCCGGCUGCAGAUGCGACGAGCCCUGCAAGGUGAAAGAGAAGCAGCUCAAACCGCUGGGAAGUAGCGGAGAGGACUCGGUGCAACAUAGAAGAAGAAAACAGCCCAAGAAAUACUUGUGGAGUUGGUGUCUGUAUACACCGGUCGGCUCAGGGUUCAAUUUAAGCAGAGAAAAGUAAACUUUUUUCCGGGUCCAUCCGAGCGGCGGUCAUGGCUUCGCAGCGGACACUCUGGGCCGGCCGGGCGGCGCUGCUCCUCGCGGGGCUGGUCCUGGCUCCCCUGUGGCCGCCCUGCGCCGCCAGUUGUCCGGAGAAAAACCUGGAGGACCGGGAGGAGGAAGCCAACGUGGUCCUAACCGGAACCGUGGACGAAAUAUUCAACAUGGACCCUGUGCAUAAGACCUAUUACUGCAAGGUCAGAGUUUGGCGCUACUUAAAAGGAAAGUCCAGCAUCAACCGGGUGAUCCUGCUGGACGGUGGCAACAAGGUGACGAUCGGUGGGUUUGGCAAUCCUCGCAUCUGUGACAACCAGGUUGCCACAGGCGACACCCGCAUAUUUUUUCUCAACCUCACCCCGGAGACAAUGGGGCCGGACCACAAGAAUAAACUGAUGCUCAACUCGAGCCUGAUGAGGAUUACUCUUCGCAACCUGGAGGAAGUGGAACAUUGUGUUGAAGACAAACCGUCUCACUUCACUCCGGCCCAGCCUCCUGAUGGCUGCAGAGGAAUGCUGUGUGGCUUUGGGGCAGUGUGCGAGAGGAACCCCAUCGACCCAUCCAAGGGCAAGUGUGUUUGCAAGGAACUCGACUGUCCGUCCUUGGUGGCUCCUGUUUGUGGCUCUGACACCUCCACCUACUCCAACGAGUGUGAGCUGGAGAAGGCUCAGUGCAAUACACAGCGCCGGAUCAAGGUGCAGCGAAAGGGGCCCUGCUCUCUGAAGAACCCCUGCGCCGAGGUGACCUGCAGCUACGGCAGCACCUGCGUCCAGUCUUCGGAUGGCCUGUCUGCUAAAUGCAUGUGCCCCCUCAGCUGCGAUGGCAAGCCCGAUCAGAUGGUGUGCGGCAGCGAUGGGAAGGACUACCGCAACGAGUGUGAGCUCCACCAGCAAGCCUGCAAGAACCAGAAGAAUAUCCGGGUCCAAUUUCAAGGACCCUGCGACCCGUGUAAAGACAGCGAGAACAGCCUGAACACCAUCUGCCGAGUCCAGGCCGUCACACGCCAGCCGCAGUUCUACAUGCCACCAGAGUCAUGCCGACCAGAAUCCGAGCCUCUGUGCGCCAGCGACGGCCACACCUACCCCAGCGAAUGCGCCAUGAAGGCUACCGGCCUGCAGAAGAGCAUCAGCCUCAGGAAGAUCCACAGCGGAGCGUGUGGAAAAUUGGAGGUGUGCACAGAAGACUGCCUGUUCAACGCUGUGUGUGUGGUGGAGCAGAGCGGCGCCCGCUGCUCCUGUGAUCACAUCGAGUGUGAUGACACCUACAAGCCGCUGUGCAGCGUGGACGGGCACACCUUCCCCAACAGCUGCUGGCGCCGCAAGGCCGAGUGCCUCAGCAAGAGCCUGAUCAGGACUAAGCAGCCGGGGCCCUGCGAUCUCAACUCUCCGAGCCCCUGUUUGACAAAGACAUGCACACACGGCGCCAUGUGUGUGGUGAAGAACGACGAGCCGGUCUGUGAGUGCACUGAGGCCUGCACCCUGACCUCCGACCCCGUCUGCGGGUCUGACGGCCAGAGCUACCGGAGCCCCUGCGAGAUGCGAGCGAUGGGUUGCACUCUGCAGAAGGACAUUCAGAUCCAACACAAAGGACCGUGUGAUGAAGCCUGCUCCAACUGCUCCUUCGGGGCGAUUUGUGACGCCCAGAGCGGGCGCUGCGUGUGCCCGUCAGAGUGCGUGGAGUCCCACCAGCCCGUGUGUGGCAGUGACGGCCACACCUACCACAGCGAGUGUGAGCUGAAUGUGCGGUCUUGCAUGGAGCAGGUGGAGCUGCGGGUGGUCAGCCAGGAAGAGUGCAAAAUGUGUGGCAACACCGUCUGUAGCUUUGGUGCCCGGUGUGUGGAGAAAAAGUGUGAGUGCCUGCAGUGCAGUGGAGAGGCCAGCGCCCCCGUGUGCGGCAGCGACGGCAUCACCUACAGCAACGAGUGUGAGCUCAACAGGUCCGCCUGCGAGCACAAGAGGAAAAUUGAUGUGGCGAAGCACGGCAGCUGUGAGGAAGAAUGUGGCUCGGGGGCAUCUGGCUCCGGAGUGGAGAGCUGCGAACAGGAGCGCUGUACGACGUACGAUGGGAUUUGGAACGAGGACGAAGAGGAUGAACGCUGUAUCUGCAGCUUUAACUGUGAGAGCGUGCCACUCAAUGAGGUCUGCGGCUCAGAUGGGAAAACCUACCGGAACGAGUGCGAGCUAAAAAACACCAAAUGUUUGGAAAAGAGGCUCUUGUUGAUUCAGAGUCAGGGUCCCUGUGCAGGCGCCCUGGUGUGUAGUUGGGAGGGUGGAACACCAUCCCAGUGCUCCUGUAAGCCGGGGGUCGGCGGGCAGAAGUGUGACCGCUGUGAGCCGGGCUUCUGGAACUUCCGUGCUAUCAUCACUGAAGGCAUGAGCGGCUGCACGCCCUGCAGCUGUGAUCCCACCGGCUCGGUCCGGGAUGAUUGUGAGCAGAUGUCGGGCCUGUGCUCCUGCAAGACGGGGGUGAAAGGCUUGAAGUGCAACGUGUGUCCAGAUGGAAGCAGGAUGGGCAUGAACGGCUGUGACCAUGGCCGUGAUGCCCCGACAUCGUGUGAAGAGCUGCUCUGCAGUUAUGGCGCCACCUGCCUGGAGGAAAAUGGGCAGGCCCACUGUCAGUGCCCGCCGACUGACUGCGACUUAAGAAACAAGACAAAGGUGUGCGGCUCAGAUGGGGUGACCUACGCUGACCAGUGCCAGCUGAGGACUAUCGCCUGUAGGCAGGACAAGGACAUUACCGUGCAGCAUUCUGGACAGUGCACAGAAAGCAUCUCUGACCCGGCAGACCGACCCACCCCCAACCCUCCGCCCACCACCCCCGGCCCAGCCUCAACGGCCGUCAUCACUACCACCCCUGACCCCUUCAUCUCUAACAUGGUGUAUGCCAUCCCGCCUCCAAUGGCGGCCCAGCCGGCGUCCAUGGAGCCGCCUGAUACCACCGCCGUCCUUUCCACCUCCACCCCCGGCCGCGUUCCAUCCAACCGCAUCCAGCCGUCCACCGCCGCCACCCCUUGGAGGGCUCGGGCAGCGGCGAGCCCUCUGGAGGGCUCGGGCAGUGGCGACCCGAGCGGUGACGAAGAAGAAGAGGAGGAUGUUCGGGAUGAGGAUGUUGGUAGUGGCGUCCAGUCGGAGGCCAGCGGUUCAGACGAUUCUAGCGGUUCGCCAGUGGCAGGUUCUGCUGCUGCCACUGCCGAGGAGAGGUCCUCCUGUGACAACACAGAGUUUGGCUGCUGUCCUGACGGAAAGACCCCGUCCAGCACCCCAGAGGGAGCCAACUGUCCCCCCACCAUGAAGUUCUCGGGCUUCCUGCACCUCGACCAGGUGGAUGACCAGGAGAUUUUCUAUACCCCUGAGAUGGAGGACCCCAAGUCUGAGCUGUUUGGAGAGACAGCUCGCAGCAUAGAGAGCGCCCUCAAUGAGAUGUUCAGGAAGUCACAGGUGCACAAGGACUUCAUGGGAGUUCGAGUACGUCAACUGGCUCCAAGCGGCUCCAUUAUGGCACUUGUGGAGGCCCAUUUCAGACCUGAUACGAGAUACAACGUGGAGGACAUCGAGGGAGCGCUGCUGAAACAGCUGAAGGCUUCCAAAGACACCAGCAUCUCUGUAAAGAAGCCAACGGCAGAGAAUAUUCGCUUCACUAAUUAUGGUCUGUCCACCAUCCCACUGUUUACCACCACCGCCGCCGCAGCCGCCGCUGCUGCUGCUGUCACCACGGCCUCCCCCGUCCCCACAUCCAGGCCUCACUCCCCCUACUUCACACGCCGCCCACCGGGAACCACCCGCAGGCCUGCCAGCUCCAGACGGACCACCACCACUCAGGCUCCGCCCACCAAAACCCUGCGUAGCACCUCGGCGCCGUUUGCUACGACCGGGCGGCCCAAAACCCAGAAGCCCUGCCACUCCAACCCGUGCCUCAACGGGGGAACCUGCGAGAACGACGGUGAUGACUUCAGCUGCAAGUGCCUGGCUGGACGAGGAGGGGCAGUGUGUGAAAAAUCCAUCAGGUACUUCAUCCCAUCAUUUGGUGGCCAGUCUUUCCUGGCCUUCCCGACAAUGAGCGCGUACCACACGGUCCGCAUCGCUAUGGAGUUCAGAGCAUCCGAGAUGAACGGCCUGCUGCUCUACAACGGCCAAAUGAAGAAGAAAGACUUCAUCUCUUUGGCUCUGGUCAACAGCAGGGUGGAGCUCAAGUUCAACACUGGCUCAGGAACAGGCACCGUGAUCAGCGAAGUCCAGAUCAGCCAGGGUCGCUGGCACCAGCUGGUUGUGACGCGCAGCCGGCGGAUCGGCAUGCUCAGCGUGGACGGCGAGCCGCACGUCCAAGGCGAAAGUCCCCAUGGGACAGACGGCCUCAACCUGGACACCUCACUGUUCAUCGGAGGGGUGACGGAUGACCUCAAGCAAGACGUCAGGGAGCGGACCGGGGUCACCGCGGGGCUGGUGGGCUGUAUCCGCAUGCUGGACGUCAACAACCGCAUGCUCAACAUCCAGGAGGCCAACGGAGACAGCCUGUUUGGCGUGGGUGUGGGCGAAUGUGGGAACAAUCCCUGCCAGCCGAACCCCUGCAAGAACGGAGCCGAGUGCCAGGUCAAGGAGGCCGAGAUGUUCCACUGCAAGUGCAGCAAUGCAUUCUGGGGUCCAACAUGUGCUGACCUUCAUGACCCCUGCGAAAACAGCAAGUGCCACCGGACAUCGCAGUGCAAGGCGCUGCCUGAAGGGGGCUAUAAAUGCGAGUGUCCCAUGGGGCGAGAGGGGAAGCACUGUGAGAGAGUGGCUGAGCAGAGAGGCGUUUACAUGCCUCUGUUCAGCGGAGACUCUUACCUGGAGCUCAAGGGGCUUCAUCUCUACGGGCAUGAUCUACGUCAAAAGUUCAGCAUGAUGCUGGUUCUCAUGGCCAACGACUCCAACGGUCUGAUCUUCUACAAUGGACAGAAGUCUGAUGGAAAGGGAGACUUCGUCUCUCUGUCCCUGAGCAAUGGUUACUUGGAGUUUCGCUACGAUCUGGGAAAGGGACCAGCUAUUAUCAGGAGUCGGGACCAGAUGCAGCUGAAGGUGUGGAACACCAUCAAGCUGGAGCGCUUCCUCCGCAAAGGCGAGAUCCGGUUGAACGAGAAAGCAACUUCAGGAGAGUCACCGAAAUCACGCAAGAACAAGCACACAGAUCUCAACCUGAAAGAGUCGCUGUUUGUCGGUGGCGCUCCUGAUUACAGCAAACUAGCAAGAGUUGCUGCACUGACGGAUGGAUUCAAGGGAACCAUCCAGAAGAUCAUGCUGAUGAGCACACCCAUCCUGCGCGAAGAGAACGCCCUGAACUCCAGCAACGUGGCCAUGUUCCACGGCCACCCGUGUUUCCAGGAGCCCUGCCAGAACGGCGGCCGCUGCCACCCUGAGCGGGACGGCUACGACUGCUCCUGUCCCAGCGGCUUCUCAGGGGACACGUGUCAGAACGCUAUCCACGAGAAGUCGGCCGGAGAGACGGAGGCCAUCGCCUUCGACGGACGGACUUUCAUCGAGUACCACAACGCCGUGACGAGGAGUCCCGAAUCUCUGGAGAACCCGUCCGACCAAAGUGAAAAGGCUCUGCUGGUCAACAAGUUUGAGCUGAGUGUGCGGACCGAGGCCACGCAGGGUCUGCUGCUGUGGAGCGGGAAGGGCGUGGAGCGCUCCGACUACAUCGCGCUGGCCAUCGUGGAUGGCCGGGUCCAGAUGACCUACGACCUGGGCUCCAAGGCCGUGGUGCUGAGCUCAUCGGUGCGUGUCGACACCAACCGCUGGAUACGCAUCAAAGCCAGCAGGGCACUUCGAGACGGCUCUCUGCAGGUGGGCAACGAGGCGCCGGUGACAGGCUCAUCUCCUCUCCGAGCCACGCAGCUGGACACAGACGGAGCGCUCUGGUUAGGCGGCCUGGAGGUGCUGGGCGUGGCGCGCCGGCUGCCCAAGGCCUACAGCACCGGCUUCAUUGGCUGCAUCAAGGACGUGGUGGUGGACGGGGUGGACGUCCACCUGGUGGAGGACGCCGUGAACAGCCCCAAAAUACUACACUGCUCCGCCGCCAAAUAACCAGGAAGAGAGCGAGCACUGCGAGACCGGAGUGAACAACAAAACAAGAAACCCUCCCUCCAUAACGCCCAUGUCUCCUGCUGUAAUUAUUUUCUAUUUUUGUAUACUUUUCAUUGCUUUUUAUAUGGGGAAAUAAUGAAAUAUGUUUUUAAUUUGUGUUGGAAUUCUUUUUGCCAUUUUCUUCUGCAUCUCCACUACACUUUAUUUUUUUCUUCCUUUUACAAAUGUUGUGGAAAAAAAGCUAUUUUCAUCGUAUUGAUUUAGUUGUUACCUUGAAAGCAACACGUUUUGUUUUUAAUUUCUCAUUACUUGAACAUGGUUCUGAUCUCUGGCUGCUGCCUUGUCUUGGUCCAUCUCUACCAGCCACAUUCCCUCCAAGCAUGGCCCUUACAUCUUUGUUAUUCACAGUUCAGAGCCGCAGCGCCGUAUGCAUCCACCCUACCCUGGUAUUAUUCGGCCCGCUGUAUUUUUCUAAUGAAAUACCAACCGAGCUGCUACAGUGACUACGUGCGCUGUCUCCAUCGACUCCCAUCUCACAGCUACAAAGAAAGAAAGAAAAAAUAAAGCCACUCUCCAGUCCACUCUCAUCAGAGCCUUUAGUUUUUGAAAUAUGACUAACAACCGCGCCGACGUGAUGGAGAGAGCUCUGCGUCCCAAAAUGACUCUCAUUUCAUUAACCAUGAAUCAUAGAUACCCAUAAAUGUUAUAAAUAUAGACUUCUAUAUAUAAAUAAUACCUAAGACUGUGAAUAUGUAAGAUGGGUUCUUUUCAUGUACUGUUGUGCAUUCUGUUCUACAAUCAGCAGAUGAACUAAUGUUGACCACUAUAAUGCAUGCACUUCUGCAGUGUUGGUUAGAAUUUUGAUUUUUUUCUGUUUUGUUUUAUUGACACUGUUUCUAAAAAAGAAUCCAAUUUGAGAAAAGUGUAUUUUAUUUCUUAUGAUUGCAGAAAGUACAGGAUUGGGAUUAUGCUUUAAGGUUGUAUUUUUUUGUUUGUUUGUUUUUGGUCUUUGGUGUUUUGUUCUGUUUAUUGGGAGCUGUUAGUUUUUGCAGGAACUCGAUGAGUUGUUACCAGAUCUGACCUUAAGGAGGCGCUAAAAGCAAAGGCUGAAGAAGAAGGACAGAGAGGUGAAACAAGGGGAGAGAUACAACUCCUGGGAAUAUCCUGUAAUAUAAUCAGCUGUUGUCACUAAAAGACACAGAGAGAAAUUAAAAAAGAAAACAAACUCCCCUAACUCUGCUUGGGACUCGAUUCACUUCCUUCUUUUAAUUCCGAGAACAUUCCUGGAGGAACAGAUUUUAGCUUCGGCUGUUGAGUGAGAGUAAGAGGGGUGACGGGUUGAAGGAGAAGCUGGUACGUUCUGAAGCCAUAACAGCCGCAAAAACGGACAAGAACACCCACAAUCCCACAGAACUCUGCACGUUAGCAUAGCAAGGCAACGGACUGUUGCAACACGGAGCCGAACGCAAUAAACUGAGCUUAAAGACACUUGUUUUCAUAUGAGAACCAUGGCAAUAUUCUGAGACUAAAAUCAUGCCUGUUUGUGACUGAGUAUCAAAAGGUCUUCUACUGUUUUUAUCUUCUCACUUCUGUUUCUCCUUGAAAUCAUCAGGCCACUUGUUUUUUCUUUGUUUUUUUUUUGUACAGCCCCGUGGUUUUAAAAGUGUAAAUUAAGCAAAAGUGUCAUACGUGGAGAUUUCUGUUUUAGUAAUAUACACUGGAGCCAUGUCUGACUUGUCUAUACAUUUAUGGAUUGAUAUAGUUCAACGUGGGAGCGAAAUCAUCAGCCUGAAUUUUAGAGUUGUGUUGUGUGUGUCCUCGCUUGGGGAAACCCCUUUCUGGUGUCCCAAGACCGGUUUUUUUUAACAAGCUAGAUCUUUGAAUCGAACCCAAACGGGUUGCUUUUGUGUGGCUUUGGUGGAAACUGAAUUGCCUUAAAAACAACCUGCCACCUUAGCUGUGAGCAGGCCAUGAAGACAUCACCCCAUCUUACCGUUUCCUUGCUUUUAGCCAGUGUAUUAGCCUCAUUCCAAUAAUGUAAAUGGAGUAAUACAUAAUGAUAAUAUUAGUAAUAAUCCCCAAACAUAAAAAAGAUCCCAGAGGGUUUCUGCAAAAAUGUUUUUUCAAUCUAUUUACUGUUUUUUGGAUCUGUUUUCUGUUCCUUAUUUAUGUCUCCAUGUGGAUUCUCCUCCAUGUCUGACCUCUGUAAACUACUGUCCGACUGUGCAGACCUCGUCAAAGGGCAGCACACCGAGUAAGAGUGGCAUGACCUGAACAUUACUAACUUUAUGACUUUUGUCUUGUGUUCCUACCACCAUGAAAUAAAAAUGUCAACCAGAUCUA